AAGGGUUUUCUUCCUCUUCAACGCGACCAAACCCCAGCCAUACACACAAAACAAUCAAACACUUAGAGAGACACAUUGCUGAUACAAACAUCGAAGAAAAGAAAAACCCAACAAAUCUCCCCUACUACUAUUAUGGGUAGCGCCACAGCUAUUGAAAAAACUGAGGAGGAGCUCCAGCGAGAGAUCGAUGAACUCCAUCGCCAGCAGCGCCAGAUAACAGAGCGGUUGCGUGAUCCUCGGGGACUCCGAAGAGGUGGAGGAGGGUUUGCUGGUUCUGGUCCUCGGAACUUUGCUGCGAAUGGUGCUCGACAGCGCGGCUUCGUUCGACCUGCUGAUAGAAAUGAUGCGGAAGAUCAACCACCGGCAAAACGGCGGCUUCUGUCUGCUGUUGUAAAGGUAGAGGAUGGAGAGAUUGUUGAGGAACAUGUAGCUUCAAAGGACUUGAAAAAGGAAUCAACCGACGCAGAAGAAGAUGUUGGGGCUAUAAUUGAAGAUCAAAGUGAUGGAAAGCCAUCCAAUGCACAGCAGAGUGGUUGGACCAGGAGGGAUGGCAUCCAGAGGGCAGGAAAGAGGGAAACUGAACCUCCAGUUAUCGAGCAUGUGCCAAGGGUGUUGCCAAAGAAUGAGGAUCCAAGCUUGGUUAGCAGAAAUAAAAGAAUGCUGGGGCAACUUUUAGGUACUUUGGAGAAAUUCAGGAAAGAAGAUGUGAAACUUUCAGGAACAGAGGCGUUUAAACAAAGGUCAAGUGCUUUACAAAGAGCUGAGCAAAGAGUGCGUGAAGAAAGUGAAAGGCUGAGGCAGCAAGAGCGUGAGCAAAUUGCCGAAAAAAGAAGGAGAGAUCUGACUCUUAGAGCACGUGUUGCGGCCAAAACUGAAGAAAAGAAGUUGGAAUUGCUUUUUCUUCGGUGGAGUGAGCACCGUAAAAAACUUUGCAAUUUUAUAAGGACUAAGGCAGAGCCUCCCAUUUAUUACUUGCCAAAGAAACCAUUAGAUGAGGAUGCAACCCUGCUUGAGCAGCGCAGAGAACAGACAUUUUCAGAAUGGAAGGCUACAAGGAGAGAGGAACUGUCUGACUAUCAGAAGCAGAUUGCAGAGCAGUAUCUUAGUAACGUUGAAAAUGAAUUAGAAAGAUGGCAGAAUGCAAGGAAAGCAAGGAGGCCAAGCAAUGAUGCUAGCCUACAGGAAACAAUGGACAAAGAAUUAGAUACUCACAGGCUUGAGCAUGGUCCUAAGACAAGAAAGAUACCCGGUGGAAGCAACACUGAAGAGGAGGAGGAUGUGGAAGAUAUCAAUGUCGGGGAGGAUGAUAUGAUGGAUGAUGUGCUGGAUGUUGAGGAUAAUGGCAGAAGGGGUGAUGAAGCAGUCAAGCCAGAAGCUGGUAGCACCAGUCCGCAUCCUGAUAAUGUGGAUCAGUAAAUGUAGAAGGCAGCCAUGCACACCCUUUCAUUCAGGUAUCAGUGAAUUGUGCAAUAGCAAUAAGUCCAAGGAAGCAGUCUCUUACAUACAAGGAUUGUGGAUUUGAUGGACUAAGUGUCUGACUAAGCAGUACAGGACGAAAAACUAAAGAGGAAAAAAAUUGGAAAAAGAACUGUUCUUUCUUGUGUUAUUCUUUUGCUCUCCAGAGAUAAGCAAGAGAGAGUGGAGAAAAAAGCAAAAGAGAAGGCUAGAAAGCAGAAAGCAAGAGGGGUAGAAAACCCAUAUCCUCACUUGGAUGGAAGUCGGAUCAGAGGCUGAGGAUUAGGUCAAAAAAGAGAAGAAAAAGGGAUAUUCCAAAUGGGAAAAUCAAGAGUUUUUCCCAAGAUUUUGCAGUUUUUAUUAUUUUUUAAUAUUGGUUGUGGCUUACUUCACUUAUAAGCAAAAAUUUGCUGAUUGCGUGUAAAGUGUAAAGACUCAGUAAUGCUACCAUUCCACACCCAAUUGGCUUA